AUGUCAGCGGGGGUGGGCUUAUGGUCGGCAGUGAUCCUGUGUUUGCAGCAUCCCUUUGAGCAGCCACUGUUCUCUGCAUAUAAUGUCUUAAAAGGCUCAUAUGGAAGAGACCCUUUAGGCUCCAGGACACCACGGGAACCAUGUCGACAUCACCAGUCGACCAUCGCACACAUUGAACUUCCCCAACAUCCUUUCACCUUUUCAGUGCUCGGCUUGGAACACUGGACCAUGUCUGCCACUGCCGCAGCCCACACCACCCCCAGCCUCCUCACCACCUCUCCCCCCAUGUCCAGUGCUGUCCCCGUCCCGGCCCUGUCCACCAGAGACAGCAUACGGACCACGCUCAUGACUGUUACUAUAGCGACCAACGAGACCGCCUUCAACGCCACGGCAUCUCCAAACUCGGCAGCAGCAGAGGCCUCGGGAAUGGGGAUGGUCCUAGUGCCGUUUGGAAUCAUAACUAUCAUCGGAUUAGCUGUGGCAAUAAUGUUGUAUAUUCGAAAAAGAAAGCGGUUGGAGAAGCUGCGGCACCAGCUGAUGCCUAUGUACAACUUUGACCCCGCGGAAGAACAGGACGACCUGCUGGAGCAGGAGCUGCUCGACCACGGCCGGGACGGAACCAUCACAGGAGCCAACACCAAGACGCUGACGACCUCCCAGAGCACCACGCAGCGUCCCAGUCGACUGGUCUUUACAGAUGUAGCCAAAGCUCUCAACGCUUAA